CUGUUCUUUGCGUUUUGCCCGGACCAGCCGGACGCGCUGGAACGCAGGAUGAAGGUACGGGCGCAGCACUGGGCUCGAGCGAGUGAGGACAAGAAGGAGGGGAUACUAUUCUUCGGACUGGGCUACCUCCCGCCUGCCGGCUCACCCCUGUUCAAUAGCCCGCUCGUUCCAGCUGGGAAACAGCCCAUGGCCGGGUCAUUCAUGAUUAUGCGCCAGCCAGAUAUGGAUGCGAUGUGGAAGCGGAUCAAGGACGAUGUGUACUGGACGGCGGGGGUGUGGGAUCGCGAGACGACGCAGGUGGGGGAGUUUAUC